GUACAUACAGAGAAGAAAGUUUCCCAUUUUUACCCCGGCAACCAAUAUCCCACUUGGGAUGCGUUGAGGUUGAAGCCAAUGUCAGCGGAGGAGAAAUCUUUAUUGGGCGAGCUAAAUAAAGAUCUUGAAAACCCUGAUGAUUUUGACAUCCGCAUACUAAAUAGUUCUGGUGCCUUUGUACAUAAUUUUAGGAUUUCAUCUACAGUAUCAACAAGACUCGAUACGGCUGAAAAUAAUUGCCUAACCAAAUUUUGCUCCCAAAAGGUUCACAGGAGAUAUGCUGUCAUAAGAACAGACAACAGCCAUAUAAACAGAGAAGAGCUGUUGUAUUUGCUUCGUGGUGGCCGGCUUGAUGACAAGAUGGAAGAGACAUUGUUGGAAACGCUUCAGCAAGAGGCAUAUGACAAAAAAUUUGGAAUCGUCUAUGUGUACUUUCUUCAUGUUGAUUUUGUUGAGGCAAAUGUUCGCAGAGUAUUUAAAUACCGAGCCAUCAAAUGCGAGCAACAAAGAGGGCGCUAUGACUGUGAUGUGUUCGUCUACCUCUAUAUCAGAGCAAUAAUUGGAGGUCGCUCGACAUUUUUGGUUAAUCCACCUGGCGAGAUCCCUGAAGCUAUGCGUGCAAGACUUGCCGCUCACUUAUUGAUAGCUGGUU